UUUUUUUUGAAAAGAGGGGGUGACAAUAGGGUGUGUAUCUGUGUGCUCGGUAUGUAUGUAUAUGUGUGUGGGCGUGUGUGGGUGUCAAAAUAAGAUACAGCACUAUUUUUUCCCUUUUUUUUUCUUUACCUUAAUCUCUUUACUCCCCACUCUUUUUAUUGUUUAUAAUAAUGAACAACCUCAGAUUGAUUCGGUCCUCUUUUGCCCCUGCUCUUCGCUCAGCACCUCGUUUUGUUCAAGCACCCAUUGUCAGUCAAGUAGCCCAAUUCAGCUCUAGCCGUAUUGUUCGUCAUGCUGCUAUGGAAGAUCCUCAUUACCAAAUCAGUGGUAAACCAAGAGGUGCUCUUGAUAUUGCUGCUUCACACUUGUUGUUGACUGAAUUGAUGAGAGGCAUGUGGGUUGUUCUCGAGAACUUUUUCCGUCCUCCCUACACCAUUUUCUAUCCUUAUGAAAAAGGUCCUCUUUCUGCUCGUUUCCGUGGUGAACAUGCUCUUCGUCGUUAUCAAACAGGUGAGGAACGUUGUAUCGCCUGUAAAUUAUGUGAAGCUAUUUGCCCUGCUCAAGCUAUUACUAUUGAAGCCGAACCUCGUGAAGACGGUGCUCGUCGUACCACUCGUUAUGAUAUUGACAUGACCAAGUGCAUCUACUGUGGUUUCUGUCAAGAAGCUUGCCCUGUUGAUGCUAUUGUUGAAACCCCCAACUACGAGUACAUUACUGAAUCUCACGAAGAACUUCUUUACAAUAAGGAGAAGUUAUUGGCUAAUGGUGAUAAAUGGGAAGUUGAACUUGCUAGAAACUUGCAAUCUGAACACCCUUAUCGUUAAUUGGUUGCCUAUUAUGAUAUGUCUUGAAUAAAAGAACAAAAAAAAAAUAUUA